CAAACAUGUCUUUCUUCCUCAGGAGUAGAUCUUUCGCUCCCACUCUCAUCUCAAAAACCCAUAUACCCAUUGCUCUACUUGUUUUGAUUUUCCACAUAUUGGCCACCAAACAUGUCUUCCCGGGUCUCGGAAGAGAAGGCUGAUACCAACUUUCACGAGUUCUCUCACGAUGAACAAAGGGGCCCAGAAGAUGCAGAGCGGCAGAGGAAAGAGAAGGCUCUUGUCCGCAAGCUGGACUGUUUCAUUGCCCCUGUCAUGAUGCUUCUCAUGCUUAUCAGCUACUUGGAUCGAGGGAAUAUUGGGUUUGCUGCGACGCAAGGCAUGGCAGUUGACAUUAAUCUCAAGGGGAGCCAACUGAAUACUGCAAUCUCCGUAUUCUACAUCUUCUACAUCCUCGCCGAAUUCCCCACGUCGAUUCUAGUCAAACGCCUUCAGUUCAACCGGGUCAUUCCCGCCAUCACCUUUUGCUGGGGCGUCGUAUGCCUCUUCACUGGCUUGGUCCAGUCGUUCGGUCCGCUUGUCGUGACCCGCGUCUUACUCGGCUUCUUCGAAGGAUGCCUCUUCCCGUCCAUGACUCUGUUCCUGUGCAACUGGUACAAGCGCGAGGAACUGGCGGUGCGCAUUGCCUUUCUGUUUAUUGCAUCUGCACUCUCUGGUGCCUUUGGAGGUCUUUUGGCGUGGGCCAUGUUAAGCAUGGACGGAGUAGCCAACAUGGCUGGAUGGCGAUGGCUCUACAUUAUUGAAGGUCUCAUCACCGUCGUUUUCGCCGCAUGCUGCAUUUUCCUCGUCCCCAAAAACUACGAGACAGCGUAUUUCUUGAACGCAGAGGACAAGGCGAUCAUGCGGAGACGUGCCGAGGAGAUGGAAGCCUACAGUGGUGGUUCCGGACACUACGGCAUGAAGGAAAUCAAAGAAGCUGCCAAAGACGUGAAGAGUUGGGCGCACGGCGUUAUCCAGAUCGCUGUCGUGACCAUUUUAUACGGUUUCGGCACAUUUCUGCCCAUCAUCAUCAAGGAUGGAUUUCAUUACUCGACGGUCCAAGCACAAUAUUUGGUCAUUCCAGUCAACCUCUGGGGGGCCCUUGUGUACGCCGUCGGUGCCGUUCUUUCGGACAGGUACACCAGCCGCUUCCUCCCGCUGAUCAUCUGCGCCCCCUUCGGCGUGGCCGGCUACGCAAUCUUGCUGUGCGACGUCUCGCCGGGGGUGCGGUACUUUGCCACGUACCUGAUCGCCACCGCCUGUUUCCUCUGUACUGGAGGCAACAUUGCCUGGCUAUCCGGCAACUGUGCUCCCGACGGCAAGCGCGCCGCUAGUCUCGGCAUCUUGCUGACUCUGACCAACAUUGGCGGCGUAGUCUCGGGUCAGAUCUACCAGGCAAACGCUGCACCCGGAUUUACGCUGGGUCAUGCGUGGUCCCUAGGCUGUCUAGCCUUUGCCUGGUUUGGGUGGUGGAUCGUCAGGUGGAUCUACAAGAGGCGUCAGGCGGGCAAGGAGCAAGCGCUGGCCGAGGGGGUCGUCGUGCCCCCUGACCAGUAUACUGAUCGGGCUCCGGACUUUAAGUAUCAGAUCUAGGUGGGAAAUAGAGUGGGAAAGAGGACGGAGGAGAGUCAACAAAUUGCACUGCUUGGGAAGGGUGGAGUGGAU